GCGCUCGAACUUCAGGCUGUGCACGAGCGAACUGCGCGUCACCGCUCCCGGAUCUCCGGAAGAGAGAACGAGACAGGCAUAAAACACAGACAAAAGUUGCUGUAUGUUUAAAAACAUCUUUCAGCUUUCAGGGAUACGCGUCUCGCUCCACCAGGCUUCGCCCUUCCCUGCUGCUGCUGUUGGCCUUCUUGGUUUUGAAUUACAGUUGAGCGCAUAUGGCUGCUCCCCCCUCAUUGUGCCCGACACCGCACCAUUCCUUACGGCAAUGUUGAAAGCGGUAACCAGGUCUCUGUGGUUAAAAUCCGUGGCUGGUAUACGAAUGAUGUCCCACCACAGCCCCCUAUCAGGAAAGGUUGCUAUUGUAACUGGAUCAACUGAUGGGAUUGGGCUUGCGGCUGCAGAAGCCUUGGGUCGGAGAGGAGCACAUGUUGUUGUGAGCAGUCGACGACAGACCAACGUUGACAAGGCUGUAUCACUUUUGCGCAGUAAAAAUAUAAAAGUAACAGGAACCACAUGUGAUGUAGGAAACGCAGAAGACAGAGAGAAGCUCAUUAACAUGACCGUUGAGCAGUGUGGUGGUGUGGACAUCCUGGUAAAUAAUGCAGCAAUGAUCCAAUAUAUUGAGAACAUAUUAGACUCCACAGAGGAUGUCUGGGACAAAAUAUUUGGAGUGAAUGUAAAAAGUCAAUUUCUACUGACCAAACUAGUCGUUCCUUACAUGGAGAAAAGAGGAGGUGGGUCGGUUGUGUUUGUGUCUUCAGUAGCAGGGUACAUGCCAAUACAAGGCCUGGGCGUUUACAGUGUGAGUAAGACAGCUCUGCUUGGGUUAACUCGAGCACUUGCUCCUGAUCUCGCCCACAGUAAUAUCCGGGUCAACUCUGUUGCUCCUGGCCUCAUCAAGACACCUUUCAGCUCUAUGCUGUGGGAGAAUGAAAAUCUGCUGAACGGAUUCCUGAAGCUGAUAAACAUGAAGAGAACUGGGAAACCAGAGGAGAUAGGCGGUGUGAUUGCAUUCCUGUGCACGGAUGAAGCCUCAUAUGUCACAGGAGAGACCUUUUCUGCAACUGGAGGCAUCAGCUGCAGACUUUGAGUGCCAGUGUUUGCUGUUCUCAUAUACAUUAAUGUGUACUGAUGCAGCAUGUGUACAUCAUAGGAGCAAUCUGAUUGUAUGAUUCAGCACAAAAACAUCAUUUAUGUGGAAACUGCUUUAAAGCUUAUAAUUAUAAUAAAGUGAUAUUUGCAAAAAUA